AUGCAAGUGGUUGCUUUACAAUGUGAAACGAUUAAACUACUAUAUUUGCACCAUUAUAUGCUGCAGAUACAUGUUGCUUGUCAAGGAAUGAGGGUAUACUUUAGAAUAUUUGUAACGCAGCGAUUCGAUUGGAUCAGUUUUAAGUUGAUGUACGACACAAAAUGGCGAAAGAUGAACUUUGAUGUAGACGUUCUUAUGAGACUCCAACAAGAAAGAAGAAUUAAUGGAAUAGCAACAAAGGACAGCAUAAAAUGUGUACACAUUUAG